CGCCAUAUGCGGUGGACCAUUUGUCAGCCCGCUCACAAAGGCCAAUAAUCUCGCGUGACACGUGUGCCUCCCCGAUAAAAAGCGUUACGUGUCGCGUGGCGUUACGUUGGAAAAAGUUUUUCCAACGCGACAGAGAGAAUUCGGCUGUCGCGCGGCGCGGUACCGUGGCACGUGAUAACGAUAACGAUUCGAAGAUCGAUUCGUUUCCAUAUGUCUCAACUAGUAUACAACAUCGAUUAAAUUUACCUGCCGAAGGUAUUUUAAUUAUUAAUUAAUUCAGUAAAUUCGGUAGGAAUUCGGUAGGGUUUGAGUUUCGAUCGGUCCGCGAGAUGUUCUCGUUUUCCUCCGUCUUGAAGCACGUGGCACCCGCCGACAGGGAAAGUGCAAAGAAUGUCGUAAGAAACUUUGCGUUUUAAAAUAGAUAAGCGGGUACCUCAGCGGGUGAGCUGGCCGUCUUUACGAGGGGCGAGCGUCCGCGAUGAAGAGCGGAAAAUGAGUAGGACCGGAAGGCGAGGCGGCACAGGGAGGAGGACGUGAAGCGAGGGACGAGGGAGGUCGCGCCGCGUUUUGAUACGCCGCGGCGAAGAUGAGAUCGGAAACUGCGUUGUACCUGCUCUCGCUGCUGAUCCUAUCGCUCAAUGAUCCUUCGUGGGCUUCCCCGACGGAAAUCAGAGGAUGCAAUCGUACCAUCAGAAAUUCGAUCGGCUGGAUUCGCUGGACAGGACGAAUGGGUCGAUGCAUCGUGCGAAUCAGAGCACCGCUCAGGGAUCCGCAGGUGAUCGAGGUGAAGGUCAGGAAGCUGCAGGUAGGCUUCCUGAAGGAGGCCCGUUGCGAAGGAGCGUAUUUUCAAUUUUCAGACAGCGCCGAGGAUCCCGACGGGGAAACAACAGGUCGAUAUUGCGGCCACGUGAGCGGAAACGCUACGAGGCUAUUUCUACGACGCGGCCCCGACCUGACGAUCACCCUGUCGUCGGAGGAGCAAUUCGCCUCGGCGAAUCCGGUCAUCUUCUCCGCGCAAUUCUCCAUCCUGCCGAUCCGUCUGGCGGUCGAGCGUCAUCGCGGCUACACCGCCUCCACGUCGCCGACCUGUCCCGUGGAGUGCACCGUCCGAAACGAGCGCAGAUCCUGCAGACUGACCUCGCCUGGCUACCCCAGCGUCUACCCACGUGGGAUUAGGUGCNNNAUCGCCCUGGAGUCGAGUGCCGGCCGCUUCAGAAUAGGCGGUCAGCCGGAGGACCAUUUCGACUUGAUGAACUACGCCGAUCAGGAGGGUUGUCAGAUGGAGAAUUGCGAGGACUCGCUCGACUACGGAUCGUCAAUCGCGAGAGAUCGGGAUCACAUUGGGGCGGAUGAAUCUAUUAUCGGGAACAGUGGCCGGAUCUCCUCGAUGAAACGCAUCGCAGAAGCGAGCGGACAAUUAACGAGGCUCAGGCACUACGAGAAAAAGGUGGUACAGCGAUACAGACGAAAACAACAUCUUCACAAAGAGCUGCCCCAUAGAAUCGACACGAGCGAGCUGAGACUUCGCAUAAAAUCAAUGCGUCCGAAGAUAACGAGGAAGCGCUAUCGAGGGGUUGUCCCGAAUCGUUAUCUCAAUGGCGAUUCUGAAAGGCCGAGCGAAACGAUCGGUAGCGCGACGGCACCGGGAGCCAAGUAUCUCGAGGAGGAUCGAUCGUCGGGGAGCACCGCAUGCGGCUUCGGCGAUUAUCUCGCGCUUCUGGAAAACGUGAACGGGAGAAUCCUGGAGAUCUCGAGAUUCUGCGGCAGCGGCCGGGUGCCGCGCAUCUACUCGCGCGGAAGAAACGUGAUCCUGGAGUUCGUCGCUCGCGAGGACGGCACCGUCGCCCACGACGGCUUCCAGGUGAUGCUGCACGAGGAGAGGGUCUCGCGGGAGGCGAGACGCGCGCGAUGCGAAUUUGCGUACAGGAGCACGGGCCGGCCGCGGAACGGCAAGGAGAACAUCCGAUCCCCACGGAGCUGGUAUCCCCCUGACACCGUGUGCACUUACAAGUUUCUCGGUAGAGCGACGGAGAGGGUCUCGAUCCACAUAAAGAUUCUCAGAAACGAGCUCGAGCAUGAGAAACCGGAGACGGGAAGGCGAAACUUCAGCCUCAAUUCUUGUCCGGGCAACGAGAUCACCGUUUAUAACGGAGGGCAGGUGAACGGCAGCUUCCUGAUAUGGUCCUACUGUGAUGCGUCUCAUUGGGACAUCAACAACAUCCAAGUACCUUUGACGUCUAGCGGAAACGAAUUAUUGAUCCAAUACUACAGCGCCAAAGGGUCCUACGAUGGGCAGGGAUUCACUUACGCCAUAUCCUACCGAUUCGUCAGGAAGGAGCGGAACUUGACUGUCGCGAGACGGAAAUACAAAUCGAUCUCUCUGAGGCCAGUCAACCUGUCGGCUCUCAACUUCAACGAUACCGACAGCCACGAUUGCGACAGCAGGAUCGGCACGUUUAAGAACUGGUUCGCGGUGCUGGUGGUCUUCGGCAUCGUGUCCUUCAUCGGGGCCGUCGUCACGAUAGUCGUUCUGACGGUCAAGUGCUUGAGGCUCCGAUCCUCCGAGAAGAAGCUCCUGCAAAAUCCGAAACAGUGAGAUCGUGCGAGAGUUUCGCCUUUCCUUUUACAGAACGACGACGUAAUGGGGCGUGAGCGAAAAUGUUGAAUUUUAUCGUCAUCGUAGGAGACUCGUUGAAUCGAGCUCGCGUUUCGCGCAGAAAUCCGAGAAAGAGAUGGAAACGAGUUUCCACCGAAGCUCGAAUUCGAAUCGCCGGAUUCGGAUUGCACAGCAAUUGGAACCGCGAUUGACCGAACUUUUUUACAAGACGGACAACGUGUGUAAAUAUUUGCGAGGAAAAGGAAACACCUCGCUGACAUCUCUUCGAUAUUUCGCGACAUUUCAGGAUUUCGCGAGGGAUUUUCGACAAACGAAAAAUAAUGUACAACUAUGUAUACCAGUCUGAAUUUUUAUACGUCAUGUACGAAGCAAUAGUAAACAGUAAUAAAAUACAGUAUAAGC